AUGCAUCAAUUAGAUACAUCCAAUAUAAUUACAAAAUUUUAUUUGAUUGUAUCAGUCGCUCAAAUAAAUCGUGCAUAUUCAGACUGUGCCAAAAUAACUAAUGCGUACCUGUUACUUUCGAUUCGGCCUAAAUUAUUCAAAGUGAACGACACAUCGAAUUACAACUGAGAUCGAGUAGCGUCGAAAUUCAACCUGAAAGGACCCGGUUUUGUGGUUGCAUCACGAUAGCUAUCAUCGUAUGUCUGUGAAAUAUAUUGACUUACGCAACUGUUAACCCACGCUAAAGUUUUACGAGCGUGAGAUAAAGAAAAGAAGAAGCCAAUAGUUUAUUCGAGUAAUCGGCCGGUGCGAAAAGAGGACGGAAGGAUCCGGGGGAAACACAUAUGGCACAUGAUUGCAAUAAGUAGAAAGCACCUCUUUUUUCUUCCUCCGAGGAAAUCGUGAAAUCCUUAAGCCCGAUUGGUCGACGCCUUGUGUGGGAUCUCAUGGCAGCCCUUAUAGAUCGGUCAAGCGGGUCCACGAUUCAAUCGUACGUCGACUUGUGUUGAAACUAGCUGGGAGUCCUAGCCAGAAUUAUAAGCAAUUUGCUGCGAGAGAUAUCGAAAGGAUGUUUUGGCGUUGCGGAUUUUUCAGCUUUCUUCUAUUUUGCAAUGUUGCAUAUGGCGAAGUCUUGAAGAGCAGAGUACGACGCCAGAAUUCAUUCGCACAAAAUGGUCAACUGAUAGAUAACAUCUUUAACAUUCCGAUCACAGCGAUCAAACAAACUGCCGCCGCCGCUCAAGCUUUUUACCCAGAGAAUUCACAGAGAAUCGAUAAUAUUGUGAAGAUUCCCGUCUCGACUCUAGAAGCUGUCGGUACCCUUGUAACUACGACGGAGCAAAGACAGCAAAAUGCGGAGAGAAUUCAAAAUUCUCUUCAAGAUAGAAGAAAACGGUUGAUGGCCAUUAAGGAACAGAAGAGAAAGCGAAAACAGGAAAUGCAAAAUCAAGAAUCGCAAGUUAUCAGAGUUGUCAGGCAUUAUCACAAAGAUCCAUUCGGAUUAAACGCGUGGAGCAACAUUUUGCUUGGUGGCCAUCACGGUGGCCUUCUCGGUGGUCAUCACUCUGGGUUAAAUGGCAUUCGCAGAUUUCAUGGCCAUGGUGGCCAUGGCAUUCAUGGCAUUCAUGGCAAUCACGGAAAUCGCCCGCAACAUACCUACGAGGUCCAUGAAGAUAUUAAUGAAGAUACAUCUUUCUCCUGGCAUGGGUUGACAGCUGGAUUCGGUAGCUUUCAUGGAACUCGGCCUUCUAGUAGCCAUUCAGCCAUUAAAGUCGAGAACAAGAUUGCUCCUUACGAAAAAAGACAAAAAGUUUCCGAAUACCCAAGCAUUGACGUAAAUAUCCAAAAUAAAAUCACGAAGAUUAAAAAUAAGCCGAUACAUAAAUAUGAUGAUGAUUCGCUAAUAGAAAAUAAAAUUGCACCGAGAAACAGCAAAGUGGCAUUUGUGCGAUAGUAAUGUAAAUAUGAAACAUGAUGUUAGUUAUAAUCGAUAAGCAUUCGCCAUUCUUACAUCGCUCUGCAGAUAUUACAGCUUGCGUUUAUCUUUAGCAUAAAAAAUCUCCGUAAGAAUAUGCAAUUUCAUU